AUGGCACGAUCACUUCGAUUUCUGUUUGGCGUCACCGCCUACUUUUUCUUUUUCGUUACAUUUGUCUACCUCAUCGGAUUUAUGACAAAUCAACUCGUACCUCGCAGCAUCAAUGUAGGCCCCAUAGCGGGGACCUGGCAGGCUGUUCUUAUCAAUAUUGGCUUAAUUGCCCUGUUUGGCAUUCAACACAGCAUCAUGGCCCGCCCGGCUUUCAAAGCAGCGUUGACUCGCUUCUGGCCACAAGCCAUCGAGCGCAGCCUGUACGUCAUGCUCACCGGCGUGGUGCUGUGUCUGAUGUACUGGUUCUGGCGUCCUAUACCCGGCGUACUCUGGUCAUUGGAAGGAGACGUUAUUCGCACAGUGAUCUGGGCAAUCGCAGCAUCAGGUUGGGGCAUAGUUUUUAUAUCUACAUUCCUGAUCAGCCAUUUCGAACUGUUUGGCCUGCAUCAGAUAUGGAGCGAUCUACGCAACCGCAGCUUGCCGGCAUUAACCUUCCGACAGCCUCUAUUUUACAAACUUGUACGCCAUCCAAUUUAUACGGGUUUCCUGCUCGCGUUCUGGGCUACCCCGGAUAUGACUUACGGACAUCUGUUAUUCGCAGCAGGCAUGACGAUCUACAUCAUCGUGGGCAUUCGAUACGAAGAGCGCGACCUCAAAGACAACCUUGGCGAGGUUUAUAAAGAGUAUUCGCGUCAGGUUGGCAUGGUGAUCCCCGGCCUGGGCAAGAACAGGGAUUAA